UUUAAUUUUUUAUAAUUUAUAUAGAACAGUUGAAGUCCAGCUUAUCAGAGUUUUGGUUUUGCUUGCUCCACAACUGAAUUCUCAAGAAUUUGAAACAAAAAGAAAAAUCUUUAGACACCUGCAAAAUUGUUCAACGCAUUUUCUGCUAAUCAACAGGAUCAACGCAAUCUAGAGUCUGUUCUAAUUAAACAUGGGAGCUGAAGCUGAGGUUAUGGUUCCAGUUCAACACACCAUCAUGUCCUGCUGUUCUGAUUUGGAUGUUAAAUCCCCAGAGACAACAAUAUUGCAAUUUGUUCCCAGCGUUCGCUCAGGUAGCUUUUCUGAUACUGGCCCUCGUAGGUUCAUGGAAGACGAGCAUAUAAGGAUAGACGAUCUAUCUGCACAUCUUGGGUCACUCAUGAGGUUUCCAAAGCCCAGUGCUUUCUAUGGGGUAUUUGAUGGUCACGGAGGACCGGAAGCUGCAGCUUAUGUGGGAAAAAAUGUACUCAGAUUAUUCUUCAAAGACACCAACUUCCCGCAAACUUCAGAAGUUGAUGAUGCAUUUCUAGAAGGGGUGGAGAGCUCUCUUAGAAAAGGGUUUCUUCUGGCUGACCUUGCUUUAGCUGACGCAUGCAAUGUUAGCAGUUCUACUGGAACCACUGCACUGACAGCACUUGUAUUGGGAAGGCUUUUAAUGGUGGCAAAUGCAGGAGACUGCCGUGCAGUCCUUUGCCGUAAGGGAGAGGCUAUUGACAUGUCUCAUGACCAUAGACCAAGUUAUGCAGCAGAGAGGAAGCGUGUUGAAGAGUUAGGUGGAUUUAUUGACGAUGGCUAUCUGAAUGGUAUACUAUCAGUGACCAGGGCCUUGGGAGACUGGGACAUGAAGCUGCCUAGUGGCUCUGCCUCUCCUCUGAUUGCAGAGCCAGAAUUUCGACAAAUUGUUCUGACGGAAGAUGAUGAAUUCCUUAUAAUUGGUUGUGACGGGAUAUGGGAUGUCAUGUCUAGUCAACAAGCAGUUAGUAUAGUGCGUAGGGGGUUAAGACGGCACGAUGAUCCUGAACAGUGCGCUAAGGACCUUGUCACGGAGGCCUUGCGGCUCAAUACAUUUGACAAUCUUACUGUAGUUAUUGUUUGUUUUACUUCCCCUGAUCAUCCAGAGGUAUCACCUAUGCGUCAAAGGACAUUAAGGAGCUGCAGCUUCUCUGCGGAAGCCCUGUAUGCCUUACAAAGCUGGUUAGACAACAAUGGGAGCCGUUGAUGGCGGUGCAGGCUGUUUGCAGCUGCCUCAUUUGGGCAGAGUAAAAGCAGUUAAAGUUUUGGUAGGGGUCUUUACUUUUCUUCCUGUUAUAUUCUGUGGGUAUGUGUGUACAUACAAUUGGUUGGUUAGUAAGGAGCUAUGUUGAUUUUUAGUUUAUUAUGGCUAUUGUUAACGUAUGGCCCUCUUUCUAUUGGUUGUACAUAGUAAGUAGUAACGCUUGUGCUAUUUGCUCGUUAUAGUAA